AUGAAUCAACGAACAACUGCUGCAGUUCGAACACCAGCCGGAUGUACAACACCGUUUGAAGUGGUAACUGGAGUAAGACAAGGGGCAGUGGCAGGACCUUUCCUGUUCAAUUUCGCAAUCGACGACAUUAUGCGAAGAGCAGUCGACAAUUGUCCUGCCGACAUUGUCUUAGCACCAUCAGGGUGCCCCUUGACUGACCUCGAGUACGCCGACGAUGUUGUUAUAUUUGCGGAAAGCAGUACGAAACUUCAACAUGUUGUCAACCUUGUAUCGAAGCUGGCUGCAGCCUACGGACUACGCCUACGCUCUGAUAAAUGCAAGCAGAUGUGGAUCUCUUCGAGACCUCGAACGAUAAUCAGGGUGGACGGACAACCAAUAGAACUCGUCGAUGAGUUCUGUUACCUAGGCUGUACGCUGAAGAACAAUGGCAGCUACGAGAGAGAUGUUCAGCAAAGAUUCGCUAAGGCCACUUCUGCAUUUAACUCCUUAAUGAAAUGUCUGUGGUCGACCCCCAUCACCAACGAAGUGAAGCUGCGAUUCUACCUAUCCGCAAUUCGCCCCAUAAUUAUGUACGGAUCGGAGAAUUUGGCAGCACCAUCAAUGGCUAUGGAGAGGCUUGACUGCACGGAACGAAAGCUGCUUAGACGGCUACUUGGCUACUUUUGGCUUAAGGUAUGUCACAACGAAGAUCUUACGCAGAAAUCGAUGUGGUAUACCGGCAGAUGA